AUGGAGCUCGCGGUGGCGGCCCUGGGCAGCCUCCUCCCCAAGCUUGCCACGCUCCUCACCGACGAAUACAAACCGCAGAAAGCGAUGAGGGGGGAGGUCAGGUUCCUCCAAGCCGAAAUGGAGAGCAUGCAGGCUGCCCUCAACCGAGUGUCCAUGCUGCCGCCCCAGCAGAUUGAUGAUCUUCUCAACAUCUGGGUGAGGGACUUGAAGGAGCUGUCCUAUGACAUUGAGGACAGCGUUGAUGCUUUCGUGGUGUGGGUCAACGCUCCUGGUUGUGCCAAGCCACACAGCUUCAGAAGGUUUUUUGACAGGACCGUCGGCUUGUUGACAAAAGCCAAGGCUCGGCAUCAUAUCACGGAUGACAUUCAAGAGAUCAAGAGGCGCAUCCGUGAUGUUUGUGAAAGGAAAGAAAGGUACAAUAUAUUUGAUGUUGCGGUAGUGCAGCCUCAUACAAUAGACAUCGAUCCAUGCUUGCCGGCUCUCUAUGAAGACGCAGCGAAGCUCGUCGGCAUCGAUGUCCCCACACAGAAAGUUAUCGACUUGCUAAACAGAGGAAAAUGUGUGCAAAACGAGAAGCUAAUGGUUCUCUCCAUUGCUGGAGUGGGAGGACUUGGCAAAACAACCGUCGCCAAUUCUGUGUUUCAAAGACUCAGGGAACAGUUUCAGUGUAAAGCUUUUGUCUCGGUGUCCCUCAAGCCAAACAUGAAGAAGAUUCUUUCCAGCAUACUCCGGCAAAUUAUUAGCAAUAACAAGUGUACCAAUGCUCGAGAAGAGGAUCCAGAUGAACUUAUAAAGAGCAUCUGGGAAUUCCUCGUCAAUAACAACUGUAGAGAAAUGGAUCCAGAUGAACUUAUAAAAAGCAUCAGGCAAUUCCUCGUCGAUAAGAGGUACAUGUUGUAUCCCUAG